AUGGCUAAGUACCGGCUCCUUAUCAUCAUCUGCGCCGUCGGAUUUGUAGGCGUCAAUGGCGAUAACCUGUCCGAUUUCACCAAUAAUCUAGCCACAGACAUAGGCCCUCUCCUCGUCCUAUUCGGCGAAUCCAUGACCACGCAGUAUUUAAGCAUUCUCACGGCAAUUGUCUCCGCGAUUCGAGUCUGUGGACACUCAUCUCUACGCGCCUUUAUUGGCAGAUCUCAGGAGGGGGAUGCUGUUGUAGAAGCCGAGUUAUGUACAUCUACAAGCCGCGACGUGUGUGAGCUGUUUAAUCGAGGCGGUAUUACCCGCGUUCUGGGCCGGCCGAAUAUCCUUGAGCUUCUAUAUGUUCCACGUUAUGGCAAUCUGGCUUCACACGAUCAUCGCGCAGAUAAGACAGGAUUAUUCUUAUUCCGAAAUUACCUCGAGACUCACAAAGAUCCUGACACAUCCGACUGGAAGAAGGUCGAAAGUUCUGCAUUCUGGAGAGCCAGCUACAAGACGACUGAAUCUAGCCCGUUUGCCCCAAAACCGAAUCUCUCGCUCAAUGUUGGCAUUGUCAAGCAGCCGAAUUGGGUGUUCCUCGGGGUUGCUGCUAUAGCAGCUUUUCUUCAAGCCGGUGUUCUCGUUCUGGCGGGGAUUGGCGUUUGGGUUCUUCAAUGGAAUGUCAACCAAGGUGAUACGUCGUCCUCUAGCUACGCACCAGUGAUGUUCAUCGUAGGCACUUUCCUUAUGUGUACUGGCAUGUGGAGUUGCGCCGCCCUAAUUGGACAAUCGACGUACGAAGUGAGCUAUGAGCGCAGUCAAUCUCCGUCUUCAUCACGCCUCCUCUGGCUACAACCCGGCCCGCAAACCAUCGGCGACCAAAGCUUUGACCCAUUUGCAUAUUUCGAGAAGAGAGGAAAACCUCUCGGAGUCUGGACAUCGUCCAAGAAGGAUUUUAAUGAUAGAUUCGAGUUUUACACCUUCUUUGCUGUCUUGUUUACACUGACUGGAUACAUUAUGCAAUUCAUCGGCCUCCGCGGAAUGAAGGCUUGGGUGUCUCUCACGCAGCUGGGAAUCACCGUCAUCGUGAGCAUCCUGCGUGGAUUACUUCGCAUACAACGUCUCAAUAGGAAUGACAACAAGCUAGAGAGAAUGCCUGACAUGAUUGUGGGGCAUGAACUUGACUGGCUCGCGUUUGAGCUUGCUCAGCAAGAAUCCCAGCAAGGAUCUUUUUGGCAUGUUACCAGUCACCGACAAAAAAAAGUGUCAACAAGUGGGUCUGAGUCUUACGAGACCUCCUCUCAGGAUGACAGCGACCUUCAAUGCAUUCAAUGCGAUACUAAAGACCAAGGGGCUACAACAAGCAGGUCCGGUUCCCUGGCCACGCCUCGGGUAGCUCAGGACGGCCUAGUCGUCUGUAGGGAACUACUUCCAAUCCGAGUACGGCUUGCUCAUUUAACGGGUCAUCACUCCUUUAUCAAUAUUGAAGAUCGAGAAUACCAGAUGUGGAAGGAUGAUCGUGUGAAAGUUCGGACCGAGGCGAGGAAACUCUCUGCCGCUGUUUGUCUGGCUGCGGGGAGUCUCUUCCGAAAGAGCAGACCGAAAAGGGAUAUUACUCUUCGGAUCGAAGCGUUCAAUUCACCCAAUGGUGACUGGGCAACUUGCCAUGAGCAGCUGAUCAGCGUCAUUCUCAGGCCACCCUCCGAUUCAUCACAAGCUGGCUGGGAAAUCGACUCUGCACGAAUGGAGGCUAUCUUAGGGCUUUGGAUGUGGUCUUUGGUUUCCGAUAGACGCCUCGAAAGUAAAGAUGAAUCUCGCCACAAAAUUUCUCGAGCUGAGAAAAUCACGAUGGCAAGGAUUGUUUCAGCCGGCCUUGAUAACUAUAGCUGGGAUCGUAAGAUCAACAGACAGAGCGAGAUGGACGUCUGGCUUGGCCCCAACGAGGUGAAACUCUCUGAGGCCCACCUCACCCUGGAUAAGCACGAUAAUUACGGUCUCAUUAGUCUGUGGACCAAACCUACACCUGGGGCUGGAGGCGAUUGGAAAGCUCUGCCGAAAGAGGUUCAAUCAGAUAAAUCACAAUCAGAUCGAUCACCGCCAAACUUGCAGCGAUUUUGUGGGUGGAAUCCUGUUUACGAAUCACUGAGAUCCGAAGCUUUAGACUUAGCAAAUCUUGCCACUGCAAACAUAUCAGGUCAGCAGUUGGAUCAGGAAGUCAAGCUUCGAGUUCAGUAUGUUUCGGUGAACAACUCGCUACUCGGUAUCUGUACCCAGGAACUCUUCGCCGCACUAACAGGCUCACUGGUGAGUCAGCUGGUUAUUGGUGAGGCAAAUACCGUGGACAGUGCCGACGAGUUCUGGCUGGACAAUAAAGUUAGAGUCCUUGCUAAGGCAUUCGUAGAGACAGGCUUGGGAUCUUACUCCGAUGCAAUAUUUUGCAUUGUACCAGCGUUUGGGAACCAACUACACGGGUUUACGCCCGAAGCCAUGCUUUCAGCACUCAUCAAGGGAGCAGAAACAUAUCGUCAAGAGUCAGAAUGGGAGCGAGCAGAGGUCUUAUUACGAUGGGCAUGUAAGUGUUAUUGUCUACCGCACAGCGAGGAAGCGCAAUCGACAUCUAACAGCGGCGACUUCAUUGUGAGAGCCCUCCGUGCGACGGGAGAGCUCUACCGCUGGUCCCUGGCACAGAAUUCCAAUGGCGAGAGAAAGGGAUUCGGGACAGGCGGCGUCGAGUGGAUGGAUAAAACCUAUCGCAGCGCGAACCAUUCCAAUCCAGAGGUUACGGAAAUUCUAGAUUGCUACAAAGAUAUAGCAGAAAGAAUAGUGGAAUCCCCUCAAGUUAGAAACCCGCGUCACGAUGCCGACGGAAUCCAGGGAGUUACUCGUACCCAAGACCUGCUUUUGCAAGCAAUUCGAGAACGUAAAAGGGUGGAGGCGUUAUACCAGCUAUGUUUUAUCACCAUUGGUGGCUUUGGUUCGGAUUACUCACAAGCAGCACUUCCUCUGGCAGUCCGGAACAACUGGAACGAAGUAGUAGACGCCAUCCUGGAGAUGAAAGCAAAUCCAAAUGGCAAAGACGAGAACGGCAGGACCGCAAUCUCGUACUGCGCAGAGUAUGGCUAUUGGCCAUACUUAAAGCCUUUCAUAGAUCGCGGGGCGUUCUUGGAUCUGCCAGACAGGGAUCGAAGAACUCCACUGUUGUGGGCAGCCCAAACUGGGCACGCGAAUGUCACCAUGCUGCUGCUCGAGAAGGGCGCCAACAUCGAGGCGGAGGAUAUAUGCAAUCGGACACCACUAUCGCAUGCUGCUCAAAAUGGGCAUGGGGCCACCGUCAAGAUACUGCUCGAGAGAGGGGCUAACAUCGAGGCCCAAGGUGACGGUCUAACACCAUUGUCACAUGCUGCCGAAACUGGGCGCGCAAAUAUCGCAAUGUUACUGCUCGAGAAAGGUGCCAACAUCGAGGUGGGAGGCACAGCCCGUCGGGGGCCAUUAUCAACCCCUGAUAUAUGGAUCAAAAAGCUCUCCGGAUUUAAGCAAUUCAUCAGCAACAUCCCCGGUCUUAAGGAGAAGCCAUCGGUCAAAGUUUCCCUGAUAGACGACGGCGCCAAGUUAGCUAGGUUACCUGGCAAGCAAGAGGGGUUGUCCUUCCGUCCGGACAAUGAGGAUUAUUUUGUCGGGCCCUGCAGCUCUGGCACUCUCAUGGCGUGGUGCAUCCGGCAGGUAUGCCCGAUGGCUGAGCUAUUCAUUGCUCGCUUGGACGAUUCACGAACAGCCGAAAACCAGAAAUUCACAAUCGCUUCUGCUCACAAGGCUCUGAAAUGGGCAAUGGACAUGGAUGCGGACAUUAUCUCCAUGAGCUGGGCGUUCAGCAAGACAGGGGCUGAGAACGACAAGGACAAGAAAGAGUUUUUCACGCUGAUCGAGAAGGCCGUGAAAUCCAAGAAGGUCAUUCUCUUCGGGUCCCUCCCCGACAUGGACCCCUUUGCCAAGACGUCUCAGUACGCGCCUGUCGGGUGCAGUGGGGUUAUCAAGAUCGGUUCAGCCACCUUUCAAGGUCAGGCAAAAGCGCAAAACGGAUGUGGAAAUCCGGAUUUCCUUUUCCCAGGCGAGAGACUGAUGACCACGGCAGGCGAAGUCGUCAGCGGAUGCUCUUUCUCCACCGCGUAUGCCUCGGGCCUUGCGGCUCUAGUCCUCUACUGUUUAAGGGCACACAUGAACCUUGAAGAGCCACACGUAAUGGACGGGAACCCGGAUCCUGAGGACGAUAGAGCCAAGCGACUGAAGAUAGCGAAGACCAUUGAUGGCAUGAAGAUAAUUUUCAACAUUCUCAGUCAGAAAGAGCCCUAUCCCGAGGGCAAGGGGAAUUCCUUUGUUCAACCAUACUUCAUAUUCGGGGAGAAGUUUGGAGAUUCGAGAGAAGAAAAGCUGAAAGCCGUAGAACGUGUUGCUACCAGUAUUCUACCACCGAAGGCGUUGGACAUUUGUGGAGGAUUGUGA